AUGGGAGGAUCAGCAACUGGAGAUGAUGCCGUCUUUAAGCUCUACCGAUAUGAUCCCUCAAUGGCUGCGGCAGUCAUCUUCAUAAUUCUCUUCAUAGCGAUCACCGGUUUGCAUCUGUACCAACUCAUCAGGACCAAGACGUGGUUUUUUACUUGCUUUGUCGUUGGUGGUUUCAUGCAACUCAUUGGUUACAUCGGAAGAGCAGUGUCUUCCAGCGAAAGCCCCAACUGGACCGUCAAGCCUUACGUCGUCCAGACUUUACUCUUGCUUGUCUCGCCGGCCUUGUUCGCAGCAAGCAUCUAUAUGAUUCUCGGACGCAUUAUUAUCGUUACGAAUAGGGAAGACUGCUCUCCUGUUAGGAGAGUAUAG